ACUUCUCAAAAUUGUUGAAGGUCGUUCGUCUCGUUCCGAAUAUAAUCACGAAAGGAGGAACACAUCACAUGGUUUAUAAUAUAUUUUUAACUUGAACGUGCCAAAACAAGGAAUCGUCGUCAUUUAUCCACACGGUACCAACUAAAACAGGUCGAGUAAAUAGUGCUCUAUUAAAACUAUAUAUAUAAUCAUUCAUAUUAUAAAAGACUAUAAUUUCCUGCUAUUCAAGCAAUCAGUAAAUAUAAGGCGCUUGAGCUAAAUCGCAUGGAAUAUCUGCUCCUGAUGUAUGUAUCGUGUCAGGUACACAAUGCAUAUUUAAGUUUGUGUAAUGUGGCUAGAUGACUUAAACCGCAGUAAGAGCGGAGAAAAAUAUUCUGCUCUUACUGCUCACGUUCAAUUCUAGCAACAGAUUUGUAAACUAAGUGUUCUUGACGUCAUUGCACUACAGUUGAUGUCAAUUCGUCAUGGGAUCCUUAAUCCUAAAGUUAGCUAAUUUGCAAAGCAAGUUCCUUAACUAUUAAUGCAUAACCUUGACCGUUUUGUAUUCUAGCUGCUGUCAGUUUGUGGCGAAAACUUUGUAAUACUAUGGUACGCACAACACUGUCCUAAUAUGUUGACUUCAUUUCAUUGUCAUUUUGUUAAUUCUUAAUAAAUUCUAUAUAAAUGACAACUUUUCGUGAUUGUCUGAUAAAGUGCUCAAUCUCGUCAGUGUAUUAUAUCAUUACCUUGAUUCAUAUCGUUGCUGAUUCAGCCUACAUAGUAUUCAAAAACUGUAUUUUAUAACCAAUAAAACGUAACCGCUCGUAACCUAAGUACAUUGUAUCUGAACACAGCGCUACAACGCCAUGUGUGUUAACGCUGGGUGAUGACAACUCAUAUAAAAUCAUAUUGAAGCUGACUGGCGGCAUGGUUAUGUGCUUAAAAUAUCACCACAGAUGUUUUUAUUUAAUGCUUCGAUUAACGACUCUUGAACUUGAGAUGAAAGCGGAUGACCAGUUAGUCUAUGACUCAAGACCGCUUUUUGCAAAGACUAGUAGGAUGGCAUUCUUUAGACUGUCGCGACUCCCUGUCUAGGGCCCUGCAGGUUGUUUAGUUCAGUGACUUGAGUCGUCUUUCAAAUAUUGCCUGAAAUACAACUUUGAUCCUUUACGUCCUUGAUAUAAGAAAAGAAAAUAAACUUCUGCUUCACACGAAAAUAGGUCUGUCAGAUAUAUAUUUUUUGUAUCUGCGUCUAGUUUAAAGUUAGUUUCUUAAUACAUUUUCGUAAGACAUCCUGUCUACUGAGACCCCCACAUAAGUGAGCAUACUUGUUUCUAUGAUAUCUUUAAAUGAAAAUAUAAAAUUACCGACAGAAAAAAAAUGGAAAAAGGAUACCGUGAUAGUCUUACAAAGUCGUGAAUAAAUCAAAAUGUCCGGGAAUAGCAAGACCUGUGGGUAAAAUAGGAGUUACGUUGCGUUAUGCAACUACAAACAUGCGUGGUUGCGACAAGUUCCACGUGUUCUAAAGAAUUUAAAAGUCUAUGGCAGUGCAGUUUAUUCUGUAUUGUUCUAGAGAAUUGAGUUUCUUAAGACUAUAAAAGUAAGGACGAAUACAGAGAAACACCUAACACAAUGAAAGCGCCACUAUGUCCGCAUCUCUUACCCAGAAACUUCAUAAUGGUGAACAUAAAGUCCUCAAACGUUGUCCAGAAGAAAAUCUAGCACAUCCUUUGUCGUUUUACUCGAGAACGAUUUUGUAUCUAAAAUGUUUUUAUUUCAGACAAACUAAAAUACUAUCAGUUGAUAUCUAUAAGAAGAUCUUGGCCUUUAACGAAAUGGUUUUGUGCGCAAUUUGUUCAAUUGAAACUUCCAAGUACAAAUGUCCGAGGUGUAUUACACCAUAUUGCUCACUUGCCUGUUACCAAAAACAUAAACAAAAUGAGUGCAAACCGGAAACCUGUGUACCAAGGGUUGUGCAUGCUACUGUCGAACGAGAGGAUGAGAUGGUCGACUAUGUUCCGAAGAAAAUUUUAGAAGGCUUAAAAUACUCGGAUAAAAUUCGAGAUCUACUGAAGAACCCUCAUCUCCGGAGUCUGCUUCGAUUUUUGAAUGAUACAAAUAAACCGUACUCUGCAUUGGAAAAUGUUAUGCGUGAACCUAUUUUCGUCGAAUUUUCAGAUGAAUGCCUUAAGAUUGUAGACUCAAACUUAUAGGUCCAAUAUACUAUUUCUAAUAUUUUUUAAAAUAAUUUCCGAAUUGUUUUCAAAUACAAAAACUUGAACAUGGUUCAUUCUCUUGUGACUGAAUUGUUAUGAAAGUUUUAAUUGGUAAAGUGAUUGUGCUGCUUUAAAAUCUACGCAGGAUUUCGUGCCGCAGUAGCUUUAUAACUAGUUCGUGUUCGUGAUUUAUUAAGGUCUGCCGAGUUUGAUUUGCACAUUUAUAUCACAAACAACAAUCAUUUGGAAAAUAUUUAAAAGUAGAUCUUCGCGUAUGAUUUUCAGAUAAGUUGUCUGUUCAUUGAUGGAUUAAUUGAUAGACAGUUGUAUUACUACAUUUUAGAAGUCUGGUUCGAAUAGUUAAG